CUGUAUAAACUCCCAGAAGUCAUCCAAACAGAGAUUAUUAACGGCCGUUCAGACAAAUGAUUCUCAUCAUCUCAUCACGGUCAAUCCAGGAGACAGACAGAGCCUCCUCCACAGCCGUAUAAGAACAUGAUGAAGAAAUCACAGAGUGUAGCAUGCAUCUGUAUAUAUUCCUUAUUUUUACAUCUAGUCAAAGCCUCCAUGCUCACAUACCAUCAACAGCAUCCUCCGUCAUCCCAAAGUCAUAGUAUAUCCAACUCAUCGGACCAUGGGUCUAAUGUUACAUCUCAACUGAAAAUUUUCUCCAUGGACUACAGUCAUGUUCAGAUUCCAUUCGAAAUAACGUUGUGGAUUAUGUUAGCAUCCUUAGCUAAAAUAGGUUUUCACCUGUCACACAAGCUCCCAUCCGUGGUACCAGAGAGUUGUGUCUUAAUCAUCGUGGGUCUCGUUAUGGGAGGAAUCAUUUAUGCUGUGAAGAAGAAAUAUGCUCCUGUUAUGAGCAGUGACAUCUUCUUCCUGUACCUGUUGCCUCCUAUAGUCCUUGAUGCUGGUUAUUUCAUGCCAAGUCGACCAUUUUUUGAGAAUUUGGGUCCCAUCCUAUGGUAUGCUGUCGUGGGAACCAUCUGGAAUGUUUUUGGAAUCGGGUUUUCGCUCUAUGGGAUAUGCCAAGUGCAGGGACUUGGUCUGAAGAACAUUUCUCUCUUGCACAAUCUCUGGUUUGGAAGCCUCAUUGCGGCAGUGGAUCCUGUGGCGGUCCUUUCGGUUUUUGAAGAGAUCCAUGUUAAUGAAAAGUUGUACAUCUUGGUGUUUGGAGAAUCCCUCUUGAAUGAUGCUGUCACUGUUGUUCUCUACAAAUUGUUUGAGGCCUUCGAUAAGAUGACAGAUAUUCAGCUACUGGACAUCUUUGCUGGAGUCGGAAACCUGCUUGUGGUUGGCAUUGGCGGAAUCCUUGUCGGCUUUCUUUUUGGAUUCGUGGCUGCGUUAACCACAAGAUUCACAGAAAACAUACGCGUCAUCGAACCACUCUUUGUUUUCUUGUACAGUUACCUCACCUAUCUUACUGCUGAGAUGUUCCACCUGUCUGGCAUUGUGUCAAUUAUUGCCUGUUCGAUGAGCAUGAAACGCUAUGUGGAGUCUAACAUAUCACAGAAGUCAUAUAUAACCGUCAAAUACUUUAUGAAAAUGUGGAGCAGUGUUAGUGAGACCCUCAUUUUUAUUUUUCUUGGUGUCUCAACGAUUGGGGACAAUCACGAGUGGAACUGGUACUUUAUCAUCAUGACUAUCUUGUUCUGCCUUUUCUGGAGAGCCUCAGGAGUUGUUGUACUGACAAGUAUUUUGAACAAGCUGUGUUUAAACCCGAUCUCCAGGAAAGACCAGUUCAUUAUCGCCUAUGGCGGCCUCCGAGGGGCAAUCUGCUUCUCGCUUGUAUAUCUAAUGCCGGAGUUUCCCAAAAAGAAGCUUUUUAUUGCCGCCACUACAGUUGUUAUACUUUUCACAGUAUUUGUCCAGGGAAUGACUAUUCGACCUCUGGUGGAAUUACUGGAAGUUAAGAAAAGAAACAAAAAUGUCUCAACUGUGAGUGAGCAGGUUCAUAUCAGGCUCCUGGAUCAUCUGGUCGCUGGGAUAGAAGAUGUUUGUGGACAUUGGGGACAUUAUUACUGGAAAGACAAGUUUGAGUACUUCCACAAUAAAUAUCUUAUUAAGAUUUUACUCAGAGAUCAUCAGCCAAAAUCAAGUAUUGUUCUUCUUUACGAAAAACUUGAAAAGAAACACGCUAUUGAAUUAGCAGAAGCAGGACAACUAUCUGAUAUUCCUUCAACCUCAGCUAUAAGUAAUAACAGAUCGACGUUCUCAUCUGCUAAGAAUCAGAUUGCUCCUCAGCAGCUGGAUGACAUACAGAAAAUAUUAUCAAGGAAUUUGUACCGAAUAAGAAAAACGACGCCAGCUUACAGCAGACACACCCUGUCUUUAGACACGGGAGCCGAACAGGCCAAAGAGAUCCUGAUACGCAGACAGCAGAGUCUUCGCACCAUUCUAAACAGAAAGCAGCGAUCAGACUCCGUCUCGUUGCACAUCGGAGCUCAGAACAAGCCCAAGCUCUUUCGCUCAUUAACCGUUGGGGGACCAGAAACAUCAGCAAAGUAUCUGAGAGACCAGUCACCUUGUGCAGAGUCUCCGGUGGAUUUUGAAGACCCAGAUUAUGCUAUUGAAGAAGAAAGAAAUGUAUAGAGAAUAGUAAAAUAGAGAUUUAACACAAGAAAGGGCCUUUUUGGUUUAUUCAGUUACCAUUGACUGAUCUAGAAGUACAUAUGGACCAACUGUAACUUUUGGUAAAAUUGUCACUGAGUUCAUAUUACCACCACCCCAAAAUGUUUUAGGUGUUCUUCUGUUUAUUUGUAGUUUUUUUUUCAUAAUAAAUAUUUUAGUUCCAAAAGCCUAUCCUGUUUGCCACUCUCUUCCAACCUGAAGUGCUUCAAUUCCAAUCCAUUCCAUUCCAAGAAUUCAGCUAUAUGUGAGGUCAUCCUUCAUGGCAGUCAUCAUCUGUCAUCUAUAAAGAGCUACCAGCCACACUAUAUGUGCCUAUAAAGUCCUUCUGUCUAGGGCUUUAUGGGAUAUACUUAGCACUGUCAUAGAAACAUAUACUACGGUCAGGACUGUCUAAGUAUCUUCCUGGUCUGUUUAGAAUUGACUACAGAAGCUGCAGAGCCUGAGAAUUUGCAGUAAAUGCAGGAACUUCCUAUCUGAGUAAGUUUUGUAUGUUUUUAUUUUUCUGCUGUUUUUAAUGCAUAAUUUAUAUAAUUAAUUCAAAAUCAUUAGUGGACUCCAAUCUGGAUUAUCCCUGUAAUGUUUCUGCUGGCCACAAAAGAUAAGCCAGUUGUAGGGCCUCCUUGGUUUGAUGAAAAGUAGGUUACCCCUUACGCAAUAUACUACUAAAGCCCCAAUUAUUCUUCGAUUGCUAAUGACUGGAAGAGCAAAAUGGCCAGUUUGGAGGCAGUUUGUAAAAACUGUGCCUUGUCAAAGCGUAUAGUUACAAAUCAAAUUAGCUUUAACAUAUGUUGUAGCCCUUUAUACGCUGCUAGGAAUGUGACGCACAGGUGUAAU